GAGCGGAAGAAAAAAAAAUCCAAAACCACGUCGCGCGGAAACGUUUAUAAAGCGGACGCCUUCCGACGGACAGGGCACACAGUGCUCAUUUAUUCUUCACGAUGGUAUACAGAGCGAUUGCACUUUACGUCGCCGUUCAGUCGGUCGUCGUUGCGUCGCCUACCGCCACCAUGUCUCACGGCGAAAGCGUCUCUCCGAUUGGAACUUUUUACCACCCGACGCCGUCUUCCAGGGCCAGAGGCAUACCGGAAGUUGGAAAGCUACCCAGGACGUCAGCAAUGUCCAAAAAAUUUCCGGCGAGCGGAUCCGAAACCAAACCGUCGCUCAAACUACAACCGGCUAACGCAGGUGGGUACCUAGGUAAUAACCAUUUACCGCGCAACGGACGUAUACCAACUAUAAUGGAAUCGUCAUAUCAACCGUCUAGGCCACGAUCAAACCACAUUCGCUUGGAAGAACCGUUCAAGCCACCCAUUUCGGAGGAGGAAAGAGCGGAAAAGAUCAAUUCCGACCUGGAGAAGAUGAUACAGUUUAUGACGAUUCUGGGCCAAGUUGACCGGUAUCUGUCUUCGAGAGCAAAGUCCUUCGUCAGCACACUGGGCCGGGCUAUGGAAAACAAUCCCGACGACCAUCACCUUUACAACGACAAGGAAAUGUCGGGUUUUGAAUACUGAGCUGCACUCGUUUUAUUUUUUAGCUAAACGUUUUAUGCGUUUGAUUAUUAUUAUUUAUUUUAUCCACUAAUUUGUUCAUAUUUAUAUUAAUAUUUAUUAUCAAUAAAAACCAUAAAAUUAUAGUUUA